AUGGUUGUGACCACCAAUUUUCCUCUGUUACAGCUUACCCCAGUCUUCAGACCCAAAUAUCCAUCCUUCAUUGAAGUGAUUGUCUUAGGUUUCAGGCUCAGUCGUCACAAAAACACAACUAGCUUUCAACUCCUCACAAUCGGGUCCAUCAGUGGUGGAGAUUUUAGACACUCUUAUGACAGCCGUGACAAAUGGGAGUGUGAACCCACUGAACAUAAAUCCUCAGACAAUUUCAGUCAAUGGUUCAGCAACAACCAAUACAACACCUACAACAACAGCAACAACAACAAAUACAACAGAAGCAACAACACAUACAACAACAGCAAUUACAACAGAAGCAACAACACAUACACCAACAGCAACAUCACUUCUGACAUCAGCAAUAACAAAUACAACAGCAACAACACAUUCACUAACAACAACAACACUUGCAACACCAGCAACAAAUACAACAGUAGUAACAACAACACAUACACCAACAGCAUCAACACCUUUGACAUCAGCAAUAACAAAUACAACAGCAACAACAACACAGUCACUAACAACAACAACACUUGCAACACCAGCAACAAAUACAACAACAGUAACAACAACACAUACACCAACAGCAACAACACCUAUGAUAUUAGCAACAAAUACAACAGCAACAACAACACAUACACCAACAACAACACCUACAACAUUAGCAACAACAACAAAUACAACAACAACACAUACCCCAACAGCAACAACACCUACGACACCAGCAAUAACAAAUACAACAUCAGUAACAACAACCCAUACACCAACAGCAACAACACCUACAACAUCAGCAACAACAAAUACAACAACAGUAACAACAACACAAACACCAACAGCAACAACACCUAUGACAUCAGCAACAACAAAUAUAACAGCAGUAACAACAACACAUACACCAACAGCAACAACACCUAUGACAUCAGCUACAACACAUACAACAACAGUAACAACAACACAAAUACCAACAGCAACAACACCUAUGACAUCAGCAACAACAAAUACAACAACAACAACAACACAUACACCAACAACAGAACCUAUGACAUCAGCAACAACAAAUACAACAGCAACAACAACACAUACACCAACAACAGAACCUAUGGCAUCAGCAACAACAAAUACAACAGCAACAACAACAACACUUUCACUAACAACAACACCUUCAGCACCAGCAACAAAUAUUUUAGCAGGAACAACACCACACAUACCACCAGCAACAAUGCCUGUGACAUCAGCAACAACAAAUACGACAGCAACAACAACACAUUUACCAACAACAACACCUACGGCAUCGGCAGCAGCAACAACAACACCUUCACUAACAACAACACCUUCAGCACCAGCAACAAAUAUUUUAGCAGGAACAACACCACACAUACCACCAGCAACAAUGCCUGUGAUAUCAGCAACGACAAAUACAUCAGCAACAACAACACAUACAACAACAACACCUACGACAUCAGCAACAACAACAAAUACAACAGCAACUACAUCACAUACACCAACAGCAACAACACCUACAGCAACAGCAAGAACAACAAAUACAGCAGCAACAACACCUACGACAUCAGCAAGAACAACAAAUAUAACAACAACACUUACACUAACAGUAACAACACCUACGACACCAGCAAGAACAACAAAUACAACUGUAACAACACCUACACCAACACCAACAACAACUACAACAUUAGCAGCAACAACAAAUACAACAGCAACAACACCUACAACAACAGAAACAUGGAACUCGAUGAUCAAACCUCUCAGGUUUACAAGAAGAGAGUUCAGCUGGUCACAGCAGAGCUUGACCCAAUCUACAGAGCCAAAUAUCCUGGUUUCAUCGAAGUGAUUGUGUUGGGUUUCAGCCGAGGGUCAGUCGUCACAAAGACACAACUCCUCUUCAACACCACAGUAGUUGAGCAAUCCCCAACAGUUCAAGAGAUAUCAGAAACUCUACUGGCAGCAGUGGGAACAGGAGUGGUCAGUCCACUCAACAUAAAUCCUCAAACGGUUUCAGUCAACGGUUCAGUCAUUGCUACAACCGCAGCUCCUACAACUCUUAUAACCACAGCGUCAAGCGGAUUAAAGAUUGAAUCAAGCUUGCAACAAUACAGCAUCACAAUCAUCUACAUUUACAUUAGUCAGCUCAACAACCAUUCCUUCUACAAUAUCAACGGUUUCUACAGUGUCCACAGUUUCCACAGCCUCUACACCUGCAGUGUCCUCGGUGUCUACAGAGACUACAACUUCUACAACUGCAGUGUCCUCACCAACUACAGCUUCUACAACUGCAGUUACCUCACCAACUACAGCUUCUACAACUGCAGUGUCCUCACCAACUACAGUUUCUUCAACUGCAGUGUCCUCAACAACACCAGGGUCUACAACAGCAGCGUCUUCACCAACUACAGCUUCUUCAACUGCAGUGUCCUCGGCAACUACAGGGUCUACAACUGCAGCGUCUUCACUAACUACAAUUUCUUCAACUGCAGUGUCCUCAGCAACACCAGGGUCUACAACUGCAGCGUCUUCACCAACUACAGCUUCUUCAACUGCAGUUACCUCACCAACUACAGCUUCUACAACUGCAGCGUCUUCACCAACUACAGCUUCUUCAACUGCAGUGACCUCACCAACUACAGCUUCUACAACUGCAGCGUCUUCACCAACUACAGUUUCUUCAACUGCAGUGUCCUCAGCAACUACAGGGUCUACAACUGCAGCGUCUUCACCAACUACAGCUUCUUCAACUGCAGUGACUUCACCAACUACAGCUUCUUCAACUGCAGUGUCCUCAGCAACUACAGGGUCUACAACUGCAGCGUCUUCACCAACUACAGCUUCUUCAACUGCAGUGUCCUCAGCAACUACAGGGUCUACAACUGCAGCGUCUUCACCAACUACAGCUUCUUCAACUGCAGUGUCCUCAGCAACUACAGGGUCUACAACUGCAGCAUCUUCACCAACUGCAGCUUCUUCAACUGCAGUGUCCUCAGCAACUACAGUGUCUACAACUGCAGCGUCUUCACCAACUGCAGCUUCUUCAACUGCAGUGUCCUCAGCAACUACAGUGUCUACAACUGCAGCGUCUUCACCAACUACAGCUUCUUCAACUGCAGUGUCCUCAGCAACUACAGCUUCUUCAACUGCAGUGUCCUCAGCAACUGUAGGGUCUACAACUGCAGUAUCCUCAGCAAGUUCAGCUUCUACAACUCCAUUGUCCUCACCAACUACAGCCUCUUCAACUGCAGUAUCCUCACCAACUACAGAGUCUACAACUGCAGUGUCCUCAGCAUCUACAGCCUCUACAACUGCAGUGUCCUCACCAUCUACAGCUUCAUCAGCUGCACUGUUCUCACUGUCUACAUCUUCUACAGCUACAGUGUCUUCACUUUUUACAUCUUCUACAAGUGCAGUGUCCUCACAGUCAACAGCUUCAUCGCCUGCAGUGUCCACAGCAUCUACAAGUGUAGCGUCCUCACCAUCUACUGCUUCUACAAGUGCAGUGUCCUCACCAUCUACCGUUUCUACAAGUGCAGUGCCAUCAGCAUCUACAGCUUCUACAAGUGCAGUGUCCUCACAAUCUACAGCUUCUACAAGUGCAGUGUCCCCUGUUUCUACAAGUGCAGUGUCCUCACCACCUACAGCUUCUACAAGUGCAGUGUCCUCACAAUCUACAAGUGCAGUGUCCUCACCACCUACAGCAUCUACAAGUGCAGUGUCCUCAGCAUCUACCAUUUCUACAAGUGCAGUGUCCUCACAAUCUACAGCUUCUACAAGUGCAGUAUCCUCAGCAUCUACCGUUUCUACAAGUGCAGUGUCCUCACCACCUACAGCUUCUACAAGUGCAGUGUCCUCACAAUCUACAAGUGCAGUGUCCUCACCACCUACAGCAUCUACAAGUGCAGUGUCCUCAGCAUCUACUGUUUCUACAAGUGCAGUGUCCUCACCACCUACAGCUUCUACAAGUGCAGUGUCCUCACAAUCUACAAGUGCAGUGUCCUCACCACCUACAGCAUCUACAAGUGCAGUGUCCUCAGCAUCUACCGUUUCUACAAGUGCAGUGUCCUCACAAUCUACAGCUUCUACAAGUGCAGUAUCCUCAGCAUCUACCGUUUCUACAAGUGCAGUGUCCUCACCACCUACAGCUUCUACAAGUGCAGUGUCCUCACAAUCUACAAGUGCAGUGUCCUCACCACCUACAGCAUCUACAAGUGCAGUGUCCUCAGCAUCUACCGUUUCUACAAGUGCAGUGUCCUCACCACCUACAGCUUCUACAAGUGCAGUGUCCUCAGCAUCUACAGUUUCUACAAGUGCAGUGUCAUCACAAUCUACAGCUUCAACAAGUGCAGUGUCCUCACAAUCUACAGCUUCUACAAGUGCAGUGUCCUCAGCAUCUACAGCUUCUACAAGUGCAGUGUCAUCACCAUCCUCCGCUCCUACAAGUGCAGUGUCCUCAGCAUCUACAGCUCCUACAAGUGCAGUGUCCUCAGCAUCUACAGCUUCUACAAGUGCAGUGUCAUCUGCAUCUACAGCGACCUCACCAUCUAGUGCUACUGCAGCAUCUACAGUGUCCUCAACAUCUACAUCUACAUCUACUACAGCAUCUACAGCGUCCACAACUGCACAACAACCUGAUACAGUAACAUUACUGCAGUUUAGCUCCUCUGACACAUUUACAGCUGCACUCAAUGACCCAACCUCUCAGGAGUACCAGACAAGAGCUAACAAUGUCAGGGCUGAGAUUGAACCAAUCUACAGAGCGAAGUAUUCAAACUUCAAGAAAGCCGAAGUCACAGGAUUCAAAAGCGGGUCAGUCGUUACUUUUACACGGCUCACUUUCACCUACAGCGAAUCCAACCCAACCACUCAAGAGAUUUCAAACACACUCCUGGCAGCAGCGGUUGCAGGACAAAUCAAUCAACUGAACAUAAUUCCUCAGUCAAUUUCAGUCAACGGUACAGCUUCAGCGACAACAGCAGCAACAACAGUAGCAGUAACAACAGCUUCAAGUGGAUUAAAGAUUGAAUCAAGUUUACUACAAGCAGCAUGCCUCAUUAUAAUGUCAAAAUUAUUCAAGUUUUUCCUACAGAUGCCUUAAUCAUAUAUCAACAGAACUAUGUUUUUAUCAUGAAACACACUGUAACAAAUUAAACAAAUAGAAAGUGUAUUUUUGUUACAUGGUAAAUAAUUCUACCACAAUUACAAAUAAUGGUAUCGGGCAAUAUAAAGAUAAUCUUGAUAUUGCAUACUUUCUCAGGAAUAUUAUUGCAUAUUUUAAUUUAACAGCAGGCUGUUCUCAGGGAGGGAAAAGUGGAGCUUUUUCCUUAUCCUCUUCCUAGUGUAUUUUUUAAGAUGUACACAUUGUAAAAGAUGUAUUUUUCAGGAUAAAUACUGCUAAAGUGUCUUUUUUGGUCUGUUAAUCUCUAACAUUGUAAUAUAAAAUUGUGUUUUAAUCAAUUAAAUGUAUUUAUUAAGUUUGUAUGGUCUGGAAUAUGUUGUUUUGAAACACAAUAAAUACCAUAAGUGCUAACUAUG